UGCCGCCGCCGCCGCGGGGCCGCGCGCGCCGGGGGAGGACGGAGCGGCGGGAGCAUGGCAGCGCCGGAGGCCGGCUCCCCCGGCGGCGGCGACGACUGCUUGGAGGAGGACGAGGAUGAGCUGGAGCCGGGGCUGGACGAGGCGGAAGCGGAGGCCGAGCCGGAGCCCGGGAGCGGGGCGAAGGCGGCGGCGGGCGCCCGGGGGGCCGUGCUCACCCGCCGCGGCAUCACCCUGCGCGUGCUGCUCCGUGACGGGCUCCUGGAGCCGGCCCGCGGCGUCCUCUCCAUCUACUACCUGGGCAAGAAGUUCGUGGGGGACCUGGGGGCGGACGGGACCAUCACGUGGCAGGAGACGGGGCAGGUGUUCAACUCGCCCAGCGCCUGGGCCACCCACUGCAAGCGCCUGGUGAACCCGGCCAAGAAGUCGGGCUGCGGCUGGGCCUCCGUCCGCUACAAGGGCCAGAAGCUGGACCAGUACAAAGCCGCGUGGCUGCGGCAACACCAGCCCAACGCGCCCGCCACCGACGAGAGCCUGGCCAGCGAGGGAGAGGAGGAUGAGCCGCCCGAGGAGGAGGAGGAGGAGGCGGCGGUGGCGAAGGCUCCCGAGCCGGCUGCCGCCAAGAAGCCGGAGGAGAGGAGCAAGAAGCAGCAGUGCAAGAGCCCGGCGGAGCAGCCGGCGGCGGAGCACGGUCCCGCGGGGAAGAGGCCGGAGAACAAGCCCCGGGUGCCCGUGCGCUACUGCACGCUGGGCACCCGCGACUCGGCCAGGAACCCCCAGACCCUGGUGGAGGUGACGUCCUUCGCGGCCAUCAACAAGUUCCAGCCCUUCAACGUGGCCAUCUCCAGCAACGUCCUGCUGCUCCUGGAUUUCCACAGCCACCUGACACGGAGCGAAGUGGUGGGGUACCUGGGCGGCCGGUGGGACACCAACACGCAGCGUAGGUCCCGCCGGGGGGGGCGGCCGGUCCCCGGCGCUGGGCACGGGGCCGGGGGGGGGGGGACGGAGGGGGCCGAGCCACCCAGCCCGUGUCCCCCCCCCCUCCCCGUAGUGCUCACGGUGCUGCGAGCCUUCCCGUGCCGCACGCGCCUGGGGGACGCCGAGUCGGCCGCCGCCGUCGAGGAGGAGAUCUGCCAGAGCCUGUUCCUGCGGGGGCUCUCGCUGGUGGGCUGGUACCACAGCCACCCGUCGGGCCCCGCGCUGCCCUCGCUGCACGACAUCGACGCCCAGAUGGACUACCAGCUCAAGCUGCAGGGCAGCGGCAACGGCUUCCAGCCCUGCCUGGCCCUCAUCUGCGGGCCCUACUAUCACGGCAACCCCGGCGUGGAGUCCAAAAUCGCGCCCUUCUGGGUGAUGCCGCCCCCGGAGCAAAGGCCCAACGACUACGGCAUCCCCAUGGAGGUGGAGGUGGCCUACGUCCAGGAUGGCUUCCUCACCAACGACGUCGUGCAGGAGAUGACGCUGCUGGUGGAGUUUUACAAGGGGGCCCCGGACCUGGUGAAGUUUCAGGAGCUGUGGAGCCCGGAUCAGACCUACCUGGACAAACUGAAGGGCUCCCUGGCCGCCCGGACCCCCAAGGACCAGAGCUUCACCCACGUCCUGGAGCAGAUCUACAGCCUCCUCAAGCACAGCAGCUGAGGGGGGCAGGAGCCCGCUGCCGACGCGUACCAGGAGAAACCAUUACAAAAAGAUCUAGCAAGUUGUCCCAGCUGAAAGACUCACUUCAAUCCACCUGAGCGGGAGCCGGAGCUCCUGAGACAUGAUCCUGGCCCCCGCCAGGCAGGGGACAGAGGCGAUGGCCCCAAGGACACCGGUCCCUUGGGCUCCUGUGCCACUGGGAGCGAGGGGGAAGCCACCUGCGCCCCCACGUCCCGCACCGGGGUCGGGUGCCGGACGAGGGGCAGCUCGCGCGGAGAUGGGCCCGCUCGGAGCGCGGCGCCCUGGGCUCGGCCUCGGCUGGGCGGCGCGUCAGCGCCAGGGAGCGGACAUACGUGAACGUGCACGGUUAAAAACAUUAAAAAGGUUUGGUGUAAAUGUAA